AUGUCCUCUCCUCUGGACCCUCCUUCCUUCCCUCGCCAGCGCGGCGGAAAGUUUGGGGGGCGCACCAGGGGUUAUCACCACCAUGGUGGCUCCGGCCGCUCCGGCGUAGCCUACAGAGGAGGGGGAGGGGGGGCGCUUCAUCAUCAUAACCAUCAGGGACCGCCAGGGGGGGGGCCCCAGCUGCAGAACCAGCAGCACCAACAGCCAUUCCCUCAUUCUGGAGGGUACGGCGGGGGGCCCCAUGGGGCCCCAGACCCCGAAACCAUCCCACCCCCCAAUAUGGGAGGAGGGGGCCCUUCGCAAGGGGCCCCCCAUCACAUGCAGAGAGCAGCAGGAGGUGCUCAGAUGCAGCAGCAGCAGCCGCUGCCUCCUCACCACAUGAUGGGGGGGCCCCCGCAACAAAAUUUCCUGAGGGGUCGAGGAGGACAGCAACAGCAGCAACAGCAGCAGCAGCAGUUGCCAGCUGCAGACGGCCACCAGCAGCAGCAACAACCCGUUACUCAUCCCUAUGAUCCCCAUCAUCUGCAGCAGCAGCAAGCAGCAGCAGCAGCGUUGAUGCAUGGGGGCGGCAGGGUAGCUCCGAUGCUGUUGGGUCCUGCAGGUGCAACAGCAGCAGCACCGGGUCCACUGGGAGAGGGUCCUGGCGCCCCACAUCACGGCGCCCCCCCUCCUCGUUUUGACGGGCCCCACCAUCCCGGCGAAGCGCUACAGCAGCAGCACCACCAUCAGCAGCAGCUGCUGCUGCUGCAGGUGCAGGACCAAGGCGCUGACAGAGGGGCCCCCCCUCAUCCCAUGCAUUUGGACCCGCAUCACCCCUAUGCGAGAGGGGCCCCUCCUGGGGUUGGAGAUGCGACAUUGCAACAGCAGCAGCACCAUCACGUGGGGGGCCCUCACGGUGCAGCAGCAGCAGCUGCUGCAGCGGCGGCGGCAGCAGCAGCAGGGUACCGGUAUGAUGCCGUCCCGUUAGUAGCAGGCGCGUAUGGUGCCCCACUAGCAGUGUACCCUGCAUAUGGAGAGAUGUGGGGGGGGCCCUCGGGGGCCCUGCAACACAGACCACAGCAGCAUCCGCUGCAGCAGGCGGGGCCCCGUAAGAAGAAUGCAUUGGAGAUAAGAGACCCUAAGACGGGAAGAGUGAUUAAUGAGGACCCUUCCCUUACAGAUCAGCAGCAGCAGCAGCCACCGCAGCAGCAACAACAACAGCAACCGCCUGCUGCAGUUGCAGGACCACCCCCAGGAGAGACAGCGGCACCGGCCCCACAGGCCGAGCAGCAGCAACAGCAGCAACCCUCCAGCCCCGCCAGCAGCAGCGGAAGCAGCAGUGCAGCUCCCACACAAUCCGACACUGCAGCACCGCAAACAGAGAGCACGCAGCAGCAGCAACAGCAGCAGCAGGAGCCGCAGCAAGCCGCCGAGGCAGCAGGUGGAGCAGGUGCGGCAACAGCAGGCGUGGCUCGCAGGACUAACUCUGGAGAGUUUGCACCGUCUGCGCAAAGCAACAAAAGGGAACGCAGGAAGGUUCAAAAUGCAGCAGCAAGGGGCCUGCCGCAGCAGCAGCAACCCGCUGCUGCUGCAGCGGGAGACGGAGCAGCAGAUACGGGAGCUGGCCCUGUCAAGGCAACUGCGCAACAGGGGCCCCUCUCCACUGGGGGCCGUAGGAACAACGAGGGCUCGUCGAUUCCUCCACAGCAGCAGCAGCAGCGGCAACAGCAGCAGCAGCACGAAUCCGUAUCCGAAAUGAUGGGGACGCCGCAGCAGCAUGAAAGAGAGGGCAGCCCCGGAGUUGCAGGUGGCAUUGACGCACAGCAGCAGCAACAACAGCCGCAGCCACCGCCGCAGCAGCAGCAGGUGCAGCAACCCCAGCCGCCACCGCCACCGCCGCAGCAGCAACAACAGCAGCAACCGGCACCGGGAGGGAUGAUUCGAUCUCUAGGGGAGUGUGGGGCCCCCCCUCGUGCUUACGGAGAGGGCCCGCCCCCUCCCCCUAUGCAUUCGUAUGGCCGUAUGCUGCACCAGGGUGCCAUGGGGGCACUGCCUGCUGCUCCUUACGGGCCUCCCUUCCACCUGCAGCAGCAGCAACAGCAGCAGCAAGGCAGGCCGAUGCAGCAGCACCACAGUCAAUCCCACCAUCAGCAGCAGUUCCUCAACUCAGGAGAAUCAGCAACAGGGGGUCCACCGGGGGGCCCAUCAGGCCGGGGGCCUAGGGGAGAACGUGCAAGACAACGCAAGGCAGACCGCCAAGCAGGUGCGCGACAGCAGCAGCAGCAGCAGCAGCACGCGCAGCCGCAGCCACACGGAGCAGCGCCAUGCGACCUGCAUCAGCAGCAGCAGCAGCCGCAGCACCCGCUCGGCGCUAGCGAGAGUGCUGCGGCAGCUUUGCAGCAGCAGCAGCAUCCACACAUGAUGGAGGGCGGUGCUGCAGCAGGGCAGCAGCAGCAGCAGCAGGAGCUUAUGCAGGGGGGCCUCAUACAGCCUCCCCAGAUGCUAGGGGCCCUACCGCCUCAGGCGCUGCUGCCUCUUGGUAUGCAGCAACCAGGGUAUCAUUACCUGCUGGCAGGAGGGGACUUGAGGGGCCCCCAGCAGCUGCCGCACUUAGCAGCAGCAGCAGCAGGUGGCCCCCAGCAGAUGCAGGCCUUUGGAUCUGCUGCUCGACCGGGAGCGGGUGCGCCGUUGCACCCUAACCAAGCAGCAGCUGCUGCUGCAGCAGCAGCAGGAGCUGCAGCAGCAAUCCCAGUGUAUGGGAUUGUUGGAAGCAACUUGCUGCCAUGUGGGGCCGGGCUGCCGCUGCCACACUGCGGCGACAUGCCGUUGGUUAUGCAGGCCUCUGUGCCUCCUCCGCUGCUGCAUGUGAUGCAGCAGCAGCAGCAACAACAACCUGGGCCCCUGGGAGCAGCAGCGCCUCCUCCGCUGCACGUUGCUGCGACGCCAGCAGCACCUGGUGCGGACGCAAGGCAGCAGCAGCACCCCAGACCCGACCCUACUCUGCAGCAACAGCACUUCAGGAUGCAGCAACAGCAGCAACAGCAGCAGCCUGCUGGCAGAGGACUGUCUCGCCAAGCAGCUGAGGUUGUUUGUCCUGCUGCAGCAGGAGCUGCUGCUGCUCCAGGGGACGCAAGGGGCAGCCUGACUGAGGGCCCACCACCUAUGCCUACAACACCCGCAGAGCCUGGUGCAGCUGCACCAGACGGCGCCUCGCAUCCAGGUGCAGGAGCAGCCACUGCAGCACCUGGUGGUGUAGGUGGGCAGCAACAGCAGCAGCAACACUCUGAUCGGCGUGCUAGGAAAAAGGUGCAAAACGCCCCAGUAGAUCGGGUAGCAAAGAGAGAAGCCUCAGACAAGUCGGAGCAGCAGCAGCAGCACCAACAGCAGCAGGGAGCAGCGCUAGUCGCUAGUUCGCAAGCAGAUGCACCUGCGGUGUCCCCGACAGCAGCAGCAGCAGCGCCGGCGGCUGCCGCACCAGCAGCAGCAGCAGCAGGGCCAGCAGCCCCAGAGCUCCAGCAGCCUAAAAGUGGUCGUCCCUCCGCCUCUGGUGGCAGCAGGCGGGAAGCUUCUGCAGCAGCAGCAGAAGAGAGCCCCCGGCCCGCUGAGGCAUCUGGGGAGCAGCAGCAGCAGCAGCAGCAGCAGCGGAAGCCUCAGCGGAGAGAUCGCCAGAGCGAUUUAGCAGCUGACAGUACACCUGCCGCGGCAGCAGCACCGGAACAAGAGCAGCAGCAGCAAGGAGCCUCUGGAGCAAGGAGACAUUCGGCUUCUACAAAUGGGCUUCUAAGCCCGGGGGAUGCUGCAACAACAGCAGCAACAGCAACUGCUGCUGCUCCCGGCAGCAGGCGACCCUCACGCCUAAGCAGCCCCCGUCGGGGGAGAAGCCCCAGGGGCAGCCUAAGUGCGCAGCAGCAGCAACAGCAACAGCAGCAGCCGCUACAGCAGCAGCCGCUACAGCAGCAGCCGCUACAGCAGCAGCCGCUACAGCAGCAGCAGCAGGCGAGUCGGACUGCAGGUGGGGUGGAAUCUGUAGUCGGGAGUGAUUCGUUGCAGCAGCAGCAACAGCAACAGCAGCAGCAACAGCCUAAGCGGGGGGAGAGCAGGAGCCCCUCUGCCGCACCAGCCGCAGCAGCAGCAGGGGAUAAGCAGAGUAGCGGGGGAGAUGCAGCAACAGGCGGAGGAGCAGCAGCAGAUACACCUCCAUCAACAGCAACGGCAGUCCCCUCACACACAUCUGAGGCUUCUGGCGGCUUCUCGCCUCUGCGCUCGGCAGAGACUGCGGCAGCAGGAGCAGCAACAACGGCUGCAGCACCAGCAGCAGCAGCAACACCACAGCAGAAGCCGUUCAGGCGGAAUUUGGAUGCCUUGUUGGCUGAGACACCAGCAGCGGCACCAGCAGCAGCACCAGCAGCAGCAGCUGCUGCUGCAGAUACGCCAUUUUCGAAGCGCGCAGUGUCCCCGGCCUCAACAACAGCAGCAACGGCAGCAGCCGCAGUAACUGGGCUGUACUCUGUUGCUGAGCUAGUGCGGCUGUAUAGGGCCCUGAAGCCCCACAUUGUUGCCCCUGAUUGGCGCUUCUGCUGCGGUGAUAUGGAGGACAUGAGGAGACCUAGCAGCAGUAACAGCAGCAACAGCAACAGCAACAGCAUGGGCGGGUUUGGCGGAUUCAGAGAGUGGCAGCGUCGUACUGGAGCACCUUCUGCUGCAGGCAGCAGCAGCAGCAGCAGCAGCAGUAGCAGUAGCAGUAGCAGCAGCAGCGGCAGCAGCAGCAGUGGCAGCAGCGGACUCAAUGGUUUAGGCGCUUCUGGCAGUCUCUUUGGGAUACUGCGGAGACAAGGUGGAACAGCAGCAGCAGGCAGCAGCAGCAGCAACGGCUCCUUAAGGUCGUUUAGAUUCCCAGGCGAGGCAGAAGGCGGAGGGGACAGACAAGGAGACAACCGCAUGGGCAUGGGCGGCAGUGCUGCAGCAAGUGUACCGCAGUGGCGAUCUUCGGGAGGGAGUACUGGAGCCCCCUUCAGAGGGACCCUUGGCGUUGGGCGCGGGGCCCCCCCCACGGACGGGUACUCGAAGUUGAGUGGUUUCUUUGGCAACAGACCGCCGCCUCCAGCGAGAGAUCCAGUGCCUCAGCAGCCCGUUAUAACCCGCUCGGCUGGCUGCUCAACUUUCCGGGCAACACGAGACAUCGACCCGCGGGAGAGGAAACGCCGCUCAUUAAAUGCAUUGUUAAAUAAACUAACGAUCGAUAACUUCGGUGUUGUAUGUGAGAAAGUCUGCCUUGAGGCAGAGCAGUUCGAUGGUGUCGCCGACCUUGAGCUCCUUUCUGACCUCCUCUUCAAUAAGGCGGUGUCUGAACCGGAGUACAGCGAGAUGUAUGCGGACUUAUACCAGAUAAUCCGCUGGCGCAGCCCUGAGUUUGAGGUGCAAGGAGAAAAGAAGAUGACCUUCCAUAAAACAUUUGUAAAUCGACUACAAGAUGAAUUCGAAAGUCUGCAGGGCAAGGACGUACUGCUGAUAACGGAAGAGGAGCGAGCAGAAUGUGUGGAUGCUGAUGACGAGGCAAAGCUGCUAAAGAAGAAGAAGACGAGGGUAUUGGGGAAUAUGCGUUUUAUUGGCGAACUUUUUUUGCGUCGUGCUCUAAGCCCCAACGUGCUAAAUGAUGUGGUGCAUGCACUCGUCUUUAGUAGCAAAGGAGACGCCUUCCCAGAUGAGCACUUCAUCGAGUGUCUUACUGAGCUGCUCACCACCAUCGGUUACACGAUGGAUCUUCAAGAGGCCUCUCGGGGCAUGAUGAAUGAAUUCCUUGGGAAGCUGCAGGAGCUGCAACGGCGAGCUCAUUACUCGAGCAGAAUAGUCUUUAAAAUUCAAGAUCUGCUCGAUUUGCGCCAGAGACAAUGGACGAAGAAAGUCUUCCGAGAUGUUGCUAAAUCCGUCGCACAAAUUCGUGAAGAU